GCAGCUGGAGGGCUGUGGGGAAGGACUGGCCGGCUUGUAUGGCCUCACUCUGCGGCUCUGACGCAGCCCCAAAGUGCUUCUGGAAGCCGAUAACCCCGGCAGUGCCUGUGGAAGGGCCUGGGGCACAAGGCACGUUCCCCGAUCUGCGACCACAGAGCGGCGUGGAGGACCCUGCCGGCAUAUUCGAACUGGUGGAGGUGGUCGGGAACGGGACGUAUGGACAGGUCUACAAGGUGAGUUCGUGGUCGGCCCACACCAUUCAUCUGCCCCGUCUCUGGGCACCAGCCAGAGCCACCCAAUGGCAGAGGCCUGGCACUGUGUCAGCCCCUGUUCGGUGGGCCCAGCGAGCCGGCCUCCUCGGCUCCAGCCAGCUAGCACCACCCCCCAAGCUGGAGGCGGCACGUGGGCUCGGCCUUCAGGGAGAGCGCGGGGGGAGCCGUGAGCCCCCCUUGAACAGGAUCCUCACUGUCCCUCCAGCUGGGUGUGCGCAGACGAGCGGUGACUGGUGUGGGGCCCAAGCUGUGAGCACGCGAGAGCCAGCGCCCCGAAGUGGGGAGCUUCUGGCUGGGGAAGGAAGGGUGGCCAGGCCACUGCCUCUCUGCGGGGGGCUCCACGUGCUGAUGGCUGCAUCUCCUCCCUCCCCAGUGGAUUUUGGGGUGAGUGCCCAGCUGGACCGGACGGUGGGGCGCAGGAACACCUUCAUCGGCACCCCCUACUGGAUGGCCCCCGAGGUGAUCGCCUGUGAUGAGAACCCCGACGCCACCUAUGACUACAGGGUAGGGCAGGCCCCAUGGAUUGGGGGCUCGGCGGGGAUCCCUGGCCGUGGGAUCCAGGACACCUUGGCCCAGCUGCUCCAGAGUGCCCUACAGCCGGCGCAGGGUCUGGCUGCGGGGGGAACCAGCCCCAUUUGGGUCAGCGCUGUCCUCUCCCCCGCCCACUGUCUCUCCCCAGCUCUGUGCGACAUGCACCCGAUGCGAGCGCUCUUCCUCAUCCCCCGCAACCCACCGCCCAAGCUCAAGUCCAAGAAAUGGUCCAAGAAAUUCAUCGACUUCAUAGACACCUGCCUGAUCAAAGCCUACAUGAGCCGCCCGCCCACGGAGCAGCUGCUGAAAUUCCCCUUCAUCCGUGACCAGCCCACGGAGCGCCAGGUCCGCAUCCAGCUCAAGGACCACAUCGACCGCUCCCGGAAGAAGAGAGGAGAGAAGGAUGAGACGGAGUACGAGUACAGCGGCAGCGAGGAGGAGGAUGACAGCCACGGGGAGGAAGGAGAGCCCAGGUACGGGACGGGCGGGAGGCGCCUGGGGUGUAUGAGCCGGGGCAGCGUGGCCCGGCCCCCCGGGUCCCCACGCAUGGCCGGUACCACCUGCCCCGCUGGCUCCCUCCCCCCACAGCAGCAGCGACGGGAGCGGGAGCAGCGGAAGCUGCAGGAGAAGGAGCAGCGGCGGCUGGAGGACAUGCAGGUGCUGCGGCGGGAGGAGGAGCGGAGGCAGGCUGAACGCGAGCAGGAGUACAAGCGGAAGCAGCUGGAGGAGCAGCGGCAGUCGGAGCGGCUCCAGCGCCAGCUGCAGCAGGAACACGCCUACCUGAAGUCCCUGCAGCAGCAGCAGCAGCUCCAGAAGCAGCAGCAGGGGGCACCGGCGAGCGAGAAGAAACCCCUCUACCACUACAACCGGAGCAGCGCCCACACCGCCGACAAGCCCGCCUGGGCCCGGGAGGUGCGAGGGGCGGGCACAGGGGGCAGGUGUGGGGCGCGGGAGGGGCAGGGGGCAGGCACAGCAUCUCCGCUCCACAGACCCCGUAGCAAGUCGGCCUGGCACAUCCACAUGCACAGCCGGCCGGAGAGGGUGCAGCCCACGGCCCCCCCUCCCCAGCCGCCCAGGCGGGGGCAGCGCCAGGCCCCGGCCCCCAUGCCGAGCACCAGUAGCAACCCGGACCUGCGGCGCAGCGACCCCGGCUGGGAGCGAGCCGACAGCCUGCUGCAGGCGGGCAGCGCCAACCUGCCCCAAGCCGGCUCCCUGGAGCGCAACCGCAUAGGGGCCACGUCCAAGAGGGAGAACUCCCCCAUCCUGCCCCCGGUGAGCAAGCCCAAGGUGGAGGAUCACCGCUCGCGCCCCGGCCGGCCCGCGAGCUAUAAACGCGCCAUCGGCGAGGUUAGUGCCCGUGUGUCUGUGCCAGUGCCUGGCCCGUCCUGUCUGCCCCGUGCUUCCCAUCAGAGAACCCAGGAGUCCGGGCUCCAACCCCUGCCCCCACUCCGACCCACCAACCCCCACUGCCCUCCCAGACGCCGGGCUAGGGGGGUUCUGGGGGUGCUGGGCAGCGGGGACACCGUCCCCAUCACCGCGCUGGUGGGGGCCGACCCCAGGCAGCUGGAGCAGCUGCAGCUGGAGGUGCGCAAGGGCUCGGUGGUGAACGUGAACCCCACAAACACGCGGCCCCACAGUGACACCCCCGAGAUCCGCAAGUACAAGAAGCGUUUCAACUCGGAGAUCCUGUGCGCUGCCCUGUGGGGGGUGAACCUGCUGGUGGGGACGGAGAACGGGCUGAUGCUGCUGGAUCGCAGCGGGCAGGGCCGGGUCUACGGGCUCAUCAGCCGCCGCCGCUUCCAGCAGAUGGACGUGCUGGAGGGGCUCAACCUGCUCACCACCAUCUCGGGUAAGCGCCCCACGGCCGCCCCAUGGCUCCGCGCCCCGGCUGCGCCACGCGCCUUCCCCAAGGUGGGCCCGCCCCUCCAGCUCGCACUCCCACUAACCGCGUGGGUGAGGGACCGCCCCCCGGCCUGGCCACGCCCUUCCCCCAGGGCUGGCCAUGCCCCUCCAGCCCCUAGCCACUCCCACUACCGCAUGGUGAAGUAUGAGCGCAUCAAGUUCCUGGUGAUCGCCCUGAAGAACUCGGUUGAGGUCUACGCCUGGGCCCCCAAACCCUACCACAAGUUCAUGGCCUUCAAGUCCUUCGCAGACCUGCCACACCGGCCACUGCUGGUGGAGCUGACAGUGGAGGAGGGUCAGAGGUUAAAGGUCAUUUACGGGUCAUGCGCUGGAUUCCAUGCCAUUGACGUGGACUCAGGCAACAACUACGACAUCUACAUCCCCGUGCAUAUCCAGACGCAGGUCACGCCCCACGCCAUCAUCUUCCUGCCCCACACAGAGGGGAUGGAGAUGCUGCUCUGCUACGAGGACGAGGGCGUCUACGUCAACACCUACGGGCGCAUCAUCAAGGACGUGGUGCUGCAGUGGGGGGAGAUGCCCACUUCCGUUGGUGAGCCCGGACGCCUGGGUUCUCUCUCCAGCUCUGGGAGGGAAGUGGUUUUCUUCGCCUCCGUCCGCUCGGGGGGCAGCAGCCAGGUUUACUUCAUGACACUCAACAGAAACUGUAUCAUGAACUGGUAAGGCCCCGCCCCCAGCGCUGGCCCUGCCCCCAGUGCUGGCCCCACCUCUGGAGGGAAGAGGCGGGGCCGCCUCAGACACUGGAUCCCUAUGCCAGAGACUCCGCCCCCACAGCCAGCGAGGAUCAGGACCGACCAAUCAGCAGAACCGAUGCCUUGACCACCUUCCUCCUCACCUGUGUCUGAUGCUGCUUGGGGCGGGGGGGCUCUCCAUGGUGACAGUGUCCCCCCCACCUUUGACUGACGACAACUGACUGACUGCCCCCCGCUUCGCUCGCCGCUCCCCUGACUCCGUGGGGACCUGCUCUGUUCAUAGCCUGACCGAAAUCUCCAUACCAGGCCAGGGGACCCCGAGUAACCAGCCGCCCCGCCCCAGAGGUGGGCGCAUCUCAACACCGGGCCAGGGGACCCCAGGUAACUGGCCGCCCUGCCCCAGAGGUGGGCGCAUCUCAGCGCCGGGCCAGGGGACCCUGAGGAGCCAGCCACCCCACCCCAGAGAUGGGCGCAUUUCAGCGCCGGGCGGGGGGUCCCUGGGUAACCAGCCGCCCCACCCCAGAGGUGGGCGCAUCUCAGCACCGGGCCAGGGGACCCCAGGUAACCGGCCGCCCUGCCCCAGAGGUGGGCGCAUCUUAUUGCCGGGCAAGAGGUCUCUGGGUAACUGGCCGCCCUGCC